CCUUAAACCCCGGCCCCCGAAGGUGGAGGAGAGAAGAGAGGGGGGGAGCCAUGACAACGACGAUGAGGAUAGAGGAGGUCCAGUCGACCACGAAGAAACAGCGGAUUGCCACCCACACCCACAUCAAAGGCCUCGGCCUCGACGCGAAUGGAACAGCGAUUCCUAUGUCUGCUGGGUUUGUAGGGCAGGUGGCUGCAAGAGAGGCUGCUGGUCUUGUCGUUGAUAUGAUACGGCAGAAGAAGAUGGCCGGGCGGGCGCUUCUGCUUGCUGGGCCUCCCAGCACUGGCAAGACUGCGUUGGCUCUGGGCAUCUCUCAGGAACUUGGAAGCAAGGUGCCCUUCUGCCCCAUGGUUGGAUCUGAAGUAUACUCAUCGGAGGUCAAGAAAACUGAGGUGCUUAUGGAAAAUUUUAGGAGGGCCAUUGGUUUGCGUAUUAAGGAAAACAAGGAAGUUUAUGAAGGAGAGGUGACCGAGCUCUCCCCAGAAGAAACUGAGAGUACAUCUGGUGGUUAUGGAAAAGCCAUCAGUCAUGUAAUCAUUGGGUUAAAGACUGUCAAAGGAACCAAGCAGCUGAAGUUGGAUCCAACUAUUUAUGAUGCUUUAAUUAAGGAAAAGGUUGCUGUAGGUGAUGUUAUUUACAUAGAGGCAAAUAGUGGUGCAGUGAAGAGAGUCGGUAGAUGUGAUGCUUUUGCUACAGAAUAUGAUCUUGAGGCUGAAGAGUAUGUUCCAAUCCCUAAAGGAGAAGUCCAUAAGAAAAAGGAGAUAGUUCAGGACGUUACACUACAUGACCUUGAUGCUGCAAAUGCUCGCCCACAAGGAGGGCAGGACAUAUUAUCCCUUAUGGGCCAGAUGAUGAAACCUCGGAAAACUGAGAUCACUGACAAACUACGGCAGGAAAUAAAUAAGGUUGUUAAUAGGUACAUUGAUGAAGGGAUAGCAGAGCUUGUCCCUGGUGUCCUAUUUAUUGAUGAGGUGCACAUGCUAGACAUUGAAUGCUUUUCUUAUCUUAAUCGUGCUUUAGAGAGCUCAAUAUCGCCGAUUGUGAUAUUUGCCACAAACAGAGGAAUAUGUAAUGUAAGAGGAACCGAUAUGACCAGUCCACAUGGCAUACCAGUAGAUUUGCUCGAUCGUCUGGUAAUCAUACGGACAGAAACUUAUGGACCCACUGAAAUGAUUCAGAUAUUAGCAAUCCGAGCACAGGUUGAAGAGCUUGAUAUUGAUGAAGAAAGUCUAGCUUACCUUGGAGAGAUUGGACAACAAGCAUCUUUAAGGCAUGCUAUUCAACUGUUAUCACCUGCUAGCGUGGUGGCCAAGACGAAUGGAAGGGAUAAGAUUUGCAAGGCUGAUCUUGAGGAGGUAACUGCACUGUAUCUGGAUGCAAAAUCUUCUGCAAGGCUUCUUCAGGAGCAGCAAGAAAGAUACAUAACUUAAUUGAUAAGCUAUCGGCUAGGUUCUUUGUUGAAGUGAGUUAGGAAUAGCAAAGGCUCUCGCAGAACUCUGGAGAAUUGAAAUCCGUCAAGGCAUGUUCGUUUAAUGCCACUUCUAUUCCUUGAUGGAGUACUUUGUUUUUUCUAAUGCAGGUCCAAGGCUUGUAUGUGGCUCUUCUUUUCUUAUUGGUGAUUGUGGGUUCCAUGUGGUUGUUUGUCAUAUAGGAAUUAAACCUUGAUUGUUGGAGAGCUUGUUAAAGGAAGGUCUCUAUUGGUAGAUUUGAAGAUGUAGUGACGUGAAUUAAUUUCGAUUUCUUCUGUGACCGGUAACUGAGGUGUUUUAGCUGUAUUAUCUACGCAUCUCAAAUCAGUGACAGAUUUUGCUGUGUGAUUUAUUGCA